AUGGCGAACCGGAAGCUUCAAAAGUAUGUGAUUCGGACGUCACUCACCAACCAAACUUCCACUUGAACGAGUGGUUCAAGAGGAAAUGAAUGUGUGGGUUGUUUUUUCUAAUAUAUAUUACUAACAUCAGAGCCUACAGGGAUAUCGAUAUCAUUUUCAAGCGAAUCCAAGAAGGAUUGCAGGACUUUAAUUACCACUACGAGCGGUACGAGAGCCUAACAAACACGGAAGAUGACUCGGAUAACCAAAGAGAAAAGGAAAAACUAGCGAAUGACUUGAAGAAAGAGAUUAAGAAGCUACAAAAGUUUCGCGAGCAGAUCAAGCACUGGCUCCUGAAUGACACGGUCAACACGCUAGGCCCCGUGGGCACUUCCUACAGCACCAAGCUUCUGGAAAACAAGAGCAUUAUCGAAGAUGCAAUGGAGACGUACAAGUCCGUGGAGAAGCAGACGAAGCUAAAAACGUUUUCGAACCAGUCGAUCAUGAUGACUUUUUUGGAUAGCAAGCAUGGCGAUGACGACGAUGAGGAAAGCGACGAGAUGGAAAGUAGUGAAGACGAGGAGGAAAACGAAUACGAGGACCUAUCGACUGAAGCUGUCGACUCUAUCAGGUUCUUUAAAGAUGCCAUUUUCCAGUUUAGGGAACAGACUGAAAAAGCUAGUCAUGAGUUUGAUAAAUUGGCCGGGAAAAAGAUUAGAAAGAAUAACUUGUCGACGAUAGAGUCGAAGAAGGAGAAAAUCCAGGAAACGAUUGCCAAUAACAAGUUCCACCAGAAAAAAUUGCGCAAGUUGAUCAAGAUGUUGAAAAACGGCAUGGUUGUUGAAUUCAACCUCAUAUUUGCUUUGAAAGGCGACAUUGAAGAGUACUUGAACACAAAUGGAGAAUACGAAUUCACAAAGGAGACUGAGUUGUACGAGGAUAUCUUCAACCAAAUAGCUGCAGGUGACGAGGACUAUUCUGAGAUUCACGAGGACCAAUCGACUGAGCCUACCCUGGUGGAAAGUAACGGCUACACUACAAAACAGAAUGGACACGAUUCAUCAGCACACUCUACAGUCAAAUCGGCACCUUUGCAGCUGUCUCUGGCUACAACUGGCCAGUCAACACACCAGCUACCGAGUCCCGGUCACCACCAUCAACACCAACAACAACAACAACAACAACAACAUCCGAACAAAGUUGCUUCUACUCAGUCUCAUUCCAGCGCAAACACUGCGACAGCGACAGCGACAGCGUCGCUGUCUGUGCUGGGUGGCCAAGGACAACUGCCAGCUGCAAACACAGUCCCCAGUAGUCCCGAUAUUACUUCUCCUGCGAUUGUGAGAACUUUGAAACCAGCAACAACACCGUCGAAACCUCUUGGAAGUCUUAAAUGGUCAGCGGCUGCUGCCGUUGGUAUUCCAGAGCCACUGGAGAAGCCAAUUGUCGAAGAAGAAGUGACUGAUUCCGUGCUGAAUGAGAACAACAACGUCAUCGUUAAGGAAGAGAGUAUACCGUUUGAACCACUUGAGAUAGAACUGAUUGACUUGGAGAGGUACAGGAAGAUUAUAUCCAACUCGUCAUUAUCCAAAACAGAACUCAAUCUUUUUUCGGAUAUGAAUUUGGUACGCGUGCCGCCGGGUAUUCAGGAUUUGGCAAUAUCGUUUGCGUCUAAGCGCAACAAUGACGAGUUUAAAAUUUUGGUUGAGUCGGACCAGUUUAACCAAUAUACUUCUCCAAUUUACAAGCCAUAUUUGCCAAACACUGUCCAACCAAAUUACUAUUCACAGUUUACCAAUUUCAGCUUCAAGCACCCUAUACAGUUGACCAAAUUCCAAUCGCACUGGAACAAGAUCAGAGCCUACUACGGCUUUGACAGCUUGGUGACCGAGAUCAAGAACCUAAUAGCGCAGAAUACCCAGGAUAACUCAGCCGCGGUGAUUGCAGAAUUGACAUUUGUGCUAUUCUAUGGAUUCUACUAUGGAUUGACUCCAGCUGAAAACCUAAUAGCAGAGGGUUGCCUCUUUGAACUAGGUUGGAAACCGUACAAAGCCCAGCUAGACAAUGCAAUUCAAACCAGCAAGUCAAUUUCUCGAUCUGGUACUCCGGACGGUAAAGCAAAUGAAGCGUUUGAAAUUAACCAGUACGCCUACUGGUUUAGGAGAUUGAAGUUGAUUUCCAAUGGUGACCAGCAACAGCAGCAGUUUGAAUUUGGAGACUAUCAGGUGUUUGACUUGAAGUUUUGGGAGAUAUUUGUAAAAUAUGGAUUCAAGUUUGACUAUGCGUCCUGCCAGAUGGAGCCAUCCAAGACGCUAUUUUGA